CAAAAAGGAGGGGGAAGACUUGGGACAGCCUUAUUACGCCGCAGGAUUGCAGCGGAGGCCGCCUGCCAAGCGCUUGUUGCCUGAGCUCAACCCCCUCUUUUGCUGUGCAGAAUCGAUGCACUCACGCCACGCGCAGGUAUAAAGCUGGGACUUUUCCCCCUCUCUGCUUUCUUUUGUUCUGCUGUAUACUUGAUAACUUGGCACCGUCUACGAGGUUGUCGACUGUGGGGUACUGUACCAGUUAUAUCAAGUGCCUCAUAGUACCAGCAAGUUCAUCGACUGAACGAGCCGCCAGCCUUGCGACUCUCCGUCUACCUCUACCCACGCAAAGCUCUGCUAAGAGCGCUUCACCAUGGCGUCCUCCGGCAGCGUCUUCAGCGAGACCCUGCAGACCAUCACGACGACGAAGCUCGAGGAGCUCGCCGCGCAGCGCAGCGCCUUCGAGAAGCAGCAUGCGGGUCUGCUCGCCGGCGCAGAAAAAGAGCUGGACCCCCUCACGCGCCUCCUGAUGCUCGUCGACGGCACCAAGAGCUGCCUGGGCGUCGCGACGGUGCCGUCCAAGAGCGGCCGCGGCAAUGUCCUCGUCGGCUCGACGCGGAAUCCGCGCCUGGAAACCGAUCUCAAGAACCUAGACCGCUUCCUGGAGCAGGCGCGCUACGAUCCCUCGGUCUCGCCGAAGGUGCUGGAGGACUGGGAGAAGUCGCUGCUUCAGUACCUCGCUGUGCAGUCUGCGAAGUACCAGUAUGCGGAUCUGUACGGGAAGCUGGUCACGGAGUGGCUGUCGUCGGAGAAGACUACGCCGGCGGAUGGCGAUGUGGAGAUGGCGGAGAGCUUUGAAGAGCUGCCUGGUGCCAAGAAGCUGGAGGCGCGGGCCGAGUGGGAGAAGGUAGUCUUCGAGCCUGCUCGUGUCGAUAUCAAUGCGCUGAAAGGCUAUCUCGAGGAGCUGUUCAUCGCCAAGAAGAAGAGUGUCGCCAAAGCCAUGCGCGACCUUCGCGAGAAGGUCCAGCAGUUCGAGAACGGGCUUAGCGGCCCGACCCAGUUCAAUGUCCAGACCCUGAAGUGGGUCAUCCAAGGUCUGCAGAGCUCUGACCUCCUCUCCAACGAGAAGCGCGAGGUCCUCAAAGACUUCCUGAGCAACGACAUCAUCCUGGCUGAGAUCGCCGACGUGCUUAACAUGCGCAUGGCUGCCUUGGGCCGAUGGACCUGGGGUGACCACGUGCCCCUCGAGCAGCGCCGCAAACUCAACGGCAGCUAUAGCAUCCACAUGCACGAGGACCUUCUGCAGGCCAUCUUCUUGCACUAUAUCGGCGUCAAGUGGUCCGUCUUCUUCAAGUCCGCAUUCCUAUCCCUCCGCAAAGAAGCAUGGAAGACCAACCAUACCGCCGUGCCCAAGAUGGACCGCUUGCGUCGGCAAUACUAUCUUGGCCCUAACGGCACCGAGGAGCAUCCCAAUCUCGAAGAGAAACGCGCCAAGACCCACCGCAAUCUUUACUUCGCGCACCAACUCCUCGACCACGACAUGCAGCAGGUCGACAUACAGGAGGGCGAAGAGGAAGCCGAGUUCGAGGAGUUCGCCGAUCGACCCCGAAAGCGCGGGCGAGCGAAGCAGACGGCGCGACGUGCUACGCAGCAGAUGCCCAUGGCUAUGAACCAGAUGACAAUGCCGCAAAUGCAAAUGCAAUCCUACGGGGCUCAGGCAAUGCAGACGGGUCAAUCAUCAGUGGCAUACAGGCAGGCUCCGAAGAGGGCUCGUCGAAUGGGCCCGACCUUAUUCGAGGAGUCGUACGACGACGACGACGACGACGACGAUGCAGACGACGAGUAUCAACAGGUAAAGCGGCCCAUGGAAGCGAAGCAAAACCUGCUCCAUCUGCUCUCCACGGAGAUCGUCAUCAACCGGCACCUGUACGGCGAGCUGACCUGCUUCCGCUCCUUCUUUGAGUCUUGGAAUCCGCUUCUUCCGCACGACACCGUCCUCACUACCCUCGAGUUCUUCGGUGUCUCGGAGAAGUGGCUGGCCUUCUUCGGCACCUUCUUGCGCGCUCCGUUGAAGUUUACGGACGACCAGUCAUCCGCUCCUCGGCUUCGUCGUCGUGGUACACCCGGCUCGCACACGCUGAGCGAUGUCUUUGGCGAGAUUGUGCUGGCGUGCUUGGACUUCUCGGUCAAUCAGGCUACGGAUGGGGGGAUGCUGCAUCGCUUGUAUGAUGAUAUUUGGUUCUGGUCGAAGGAUUACGAGAAGUGCGCGCAGGCUUGGGCGAGCGUCCUUCAGUUCACUCAGGCCAUGGGUGUGCAGCUGAAUGAGACUAAGACGGGAAGCGUUCGUAUCGCUCGCGACGCUGGCGUAGAGCUCGAGAUCGAUGAUCGUCUUCCUGCAGGUGAAAUUCGGUGGGGCUUCCUGUACCUAGACGCUGCCAGCGGUCGCUUUGAGAUUGACGAGAAGAUGGUGGACUCGCACAUCGAGGAGCUCCGCAAGCAGCUGCAAGGCAAGUCGAAGAGCGUCAUCGACUGGAUCCAGGCCUGGAACACGUAUGCAGCGACGUUCUUCAGCUCCAACUUCGGCAAGGCAGCGAACUGCUUCGGGCGCGAGCACGUCGACAAGAUGCUAGCCACGCACCGGCACAUCCAAGAGAGCAUCUUCAACGGCGGCAACGUCGUGCAGUUCCUCAAGAAGACCAUCGAAGAGCGCUUCGCCGUCAAAGACAUCCCCGACGGCUUCCUCUUCUUCCCCGUGGAGCUGGGCGGCUUGGACCUCAAGUCCCCCUUCGUCGGGCUCCUCCAGAUCCGCGAGUCCGUCAAGGAAGACCCCACCGCCUUCCUGACCGACUACGAAGAAGCCGAGCGCGACGACUACGCCGCCGCCAAGCGCGUCUUCGACAAAGGCGACAUCCACGCCCUGCGCCACGACGCCGACGAGCCCAACUUUAAGCCCCCGCAGGACCCAGACACCUUCUUCCCCUUCGACGAAUUCGCGCGCUACCGCGAGGAGUUCCGCAGCGCGGGAAAAGCGAGCCUGGUCGGCGUGUACCGGGAGCUGAUGAAGCGGCCGGCCGAAGAGAGCAUCGAUGUGAGCGCCAAGGUGAGGCAGGAGAUCGAGCAGCUGCGCGGCCAGAGCAAUUUGCGCGGCAUCACGGCGGAGCUGUAUGGCAUGGAGCCGUAUUGGAAGUGGGUGGCGCAGAUGUAUGGGCCCGAGAUGGUGGAGCGGUUUGGGGGGUUGAAUGUGGUGGAUCCGGGGCUGCUGCCUAUUGGUAUGGUGAGUAUGUUCCGGCAGAGGAGGACGAAGUGGCAGGGCUAGAUGGCACGAUGGGUGCGUACGUACUUACCUACCUAUGCUACUUUCGGUCGAGUCUGGCUUGGUAGGAGAGACGGUCUGUCAGUUGCUUUUUCCGGAAAAUGAA